AUGCCCGAACGCCCAAAAUUCCACCUCUUCCCCGCCCUCCCCUCAGAAUUACGCCUCAAAAUCUGGGCCACGAUCUGCACUAACCCGCGAACCGUAUCGCUAAAAUGCAAAAGAAACGUCCAAUACACCCGCCGCUUCGCAGAAAGCUUCCGGACUCGCGUCCCAUCCCCAGCCGUGCUGCAAGUAUGUCGAGAAUCCCGAGCCGAAGGAUUGCGGAUCUACCAGCGGUAUUUCGAAACCGACAGGUCACCUCGAUACACGUAUCUCUCCUUCUCCAGCGACAGGGUGAAAUUACACGACACGGCACUCACAUAUCUCGGCCCCAAAGAACUCGCUGGGAUCGAGAGAAUGGUGCUUGACGUACGCGAUUGUGCGUAUUUCGGGCAUUUCCACAUCGAUAUCAUAAAACGCAUGACACGGCUGCGGGAGCUAGAGAUUUUCGUGCAGGAGGGCGAGGUGUAUAGAUGUCCGCGGUACGGGAUCUACCUGCAUAGCCUCAGUGGGGAUUUCCAGGAUGCGCGGGCGGGGGAUCCGGAGUGGGAUUGUCCUCACGUGAGGAUUUUGAAGAGGGGGAAGAAGGAGGAUGGCGAGCGGGAGGAGAUUGUGAGGGUUUUGGGGGGCAAGUGUGAGGAUCGCAGUGGGAAGGGGAGUGUGCUUUUUAAGACGGGUUUGAGAUGUGUGAUUACGCAGAUUCAGGAAUGUGAGUUACCUUCUCUUGUUGAUGGGCUGGUGAUGUUUUGGGUUUUUGAGUGUUAA